CGGCAGCGGUGCUGCCGUCACCCCGCAUGCUGCCUCCGCCGUCACCCCGCAUGCUGCCUCCGCCGUCACCCCGCAUGCUGCCUCCGCCGUCACCCCGCGCCCCGCACUGCCAUCCGGGCUGCCCGCGACAACACCAGCCACGGGGCACCCGCGGAGUGCUGCUGCCCUCACCGCCGGGGGCUUGAAGCGGCCGCGAGUCGCAGCGGAGAUGGGGGUGGGUGCUGGUGCCGGAGGAGGAGGAGGGUUGCCGACCCAUGGGUCACGUCGGCCUCCCCGGCCCGGCAGCGCCCCUGCUGCUGCGGGUGGCUCCAACAAGCGAAAGUUCGUGUCGCCGGUACCCGCGGGCUACAAGG